CUUUAGAAUAAGAGAUAUGAAGGCGGAAGUAACAAUUAUUUUGUGUUUUCUCCACGUAUUUGCUUUAAAUUCUGCCGAUACUUGCACGCGUGGCGAAGAUGUCGAAUUCGAAGAGUGUGGGGACGAGAAUAACAUUGAAAAGAGCAAAUAUAAAGCCCAACCUGAUAAGAGGUGGAAGAAGUACAUCGAUAAGAUAGAGGCUGCAGAGAAUGCUUAUGAAGCCUGUCCAAAAGAUGACUCUGCCUGUUCUUGUCACGCUGAUGUUAUUAAGAAGGACCUAUCAAUUUGGAAGGAUGGUAUCAGUUCAGCAGUGUUCAAGGAGGCUAAAGACAAGGGUACCCACUACCAGAUCAUCAACCACAAGCUCUACAGAGAGGAUAACUGCAUGUUCCCAUUCAGAUGUAGCGGAGUGGAGCAUUUUAUUCUCGAGAUCAUCAAAAAGUUACCAGACAUGGAGUUCAUACUAAACCCCAGGGAUUACCCCCAAUCACCGAAAUAUCAUAAAAAAUUACCAAUAUUUUCAUUCAGUAAAGUUUUAAAUGAUCACUAUGACAUAACAUAUCCUGCAUGGACAUUUUGGGAAGGUGGUCCUGCUGUCUGGCCAAUAUAUCCAACAGGCCUUGGUAGAUGGGAUGAACAACGAAAGAUUAUAACAAAGAUGGCUGAAUCUUUACCUUGGGAGGAAAGAGAAGAUAAGGCAUUCUUCCGGGGAUCCAGGACGAGCGAAGAACGGGACCCCCUUGUUCUUCUAUCCAGAGACCAGCCUGACCUUGUGGAGGCCCACUAUACAAAAAAUCAGGCAUGGAAGUCGGACAGAGAUACAUUAGGAAUGCCUCCAGCUAAGGAAAUAAAAUUAGAGGAGCAUUGUAAAUACAGGUAUCUGUUUAAUUUCCGAGGUGUUGCAGCAAGUUUCCGGCUGAAGCAUCUGUUUCUCUGCAACUCCCUGGUGUUUCAUGUUGGUCCAGAGGAGACUGACAAAGACUGGCUUGAGUUCUUCUAUCCUGCACUUAGGCCAUGGGUUCACUACAUUCCAGUCAAGCAAGAUCUCUCAGAUGCUAGAGAACUGAUAGAGUUUGCCAAAGCCAACCAGCAUGUGGCACAGGAAAUUGCACAAAGGGGCAAGGAGUUCAUCUGGGACCACCUAAGAAUGAAAGAUGUCAGUUGUUAUUGGAAAAAACUGCUACUGAAGUAUGCCAAACUGCUCAAAUUCACACCCACUAGAAACCAAGACUACAAACUGGUUAAACCAGGGAGAAUUCCACAACCAUAAACUUAUCAUCAUAAUCAUAAUCGUCUUCAUCAUCAUCCAUUGUUCAUUCACUACGCUGAAUACUGUUAGACUUGCCAAUCUGCUGCCUUGAUGGACUGACAACAGCAGUGAUAUCACCAUUGGAGAAGUUGAGAACUUCGCAAAACUUAUAAUCUCAGACACAUUUUGUAGAAAAUACGUCCGCUGUAUAUCCAACCCCCAGGACCAUUUACAGGGGCUGAGAAAAGUGGAGUGAGCCCUCCAAGAAUGAUUUGAUUAUUUACAUGUAAUUGCUGUUCAUCUUUAGAUAAAUGUUCACAUUAGGGUAAUUUUAGAGGGAUUAGGCUUAAAGCAAUAUCACCCCUCCUGAAACUUUGUACAUACAAAAGGAGAAACAGAGCUGUGUAUGUCAGGCUAGGGGAUUGGGCGCCGUAACCUAGAGGUUGCGAGUUCGAGACACGUG